AUGUUUAUCAUUCGAAGAGAGAACACUUGGAUGGUAGAAAGAACCCUGCAUGGCUCCACGCCGCAGGAUGUCCCGUGAACUAAGAGAUAACCCUUUGUUGUCUGUUAGUGAGCCAGUCGCCACUACUACUUCAGACAGACGAACACCUCAAAAUACUCAAGAUGGACAAAGCGAGAGCCGCCAAGGAAGAGUCCAACUCCCGCGGCUACAAGAUGAUAAUAGUCAUGACCAUCAUUGCGAGCGUCAUGCUGUAUACGGUCGGCGCCGUUCUUACUGGCAUCGCCUACCGACUAGAAAGGGGAUACAACUGCACGCGAGACGGGCUGGGCGGGCCGGAGCACUCCAGGCUGGCCGCCUACGGCUACAACAACGCCCUGGUCAUCGUCGGGCCGAGCUUCAUGGCGGCCGGAGGGGCCAUCAUCACCAUCAUCAUCUUCCAGUGGUGCUUCUGCAGGCCUGCUAUCAAGGACUGAGCUGGAAGUGGGGAUUCCAGAUUGCUGGAAUCAGUGGGGUUUAAUACAAAAAUGGUUUUAGCGACCAGCGGGAUAGGAUGAGAUCUGUUGCGGUAGUAUAAUCCAAUUCACUGGUGGAUUAAUGCUCUUUUGUACCCACUUUCUGUAACGCUUCCACUAAGGUAUCAUCAUUAAGUAUACAGGUAAUUAGAGUGAAAAUUUAUAUAAAUAUAUACAUAUAUAUGUAUAUAUACACAGGCAUAUAUAUAUAUAUAUAUACAUAUGUAUAAUUUCUAAU